UGUUUUUAGUUUGUGCGAGUAAGAACAAGCUACCUGAUUAGUUCAGUUUGUUAGAGCGUAAAGCUUAAGUUCUGGCAGUGGUUGGUUUGAAUCUUGGUCUAAAAUAAUAGAUGUGUUAUACAGGAUUCUUCCAAUCCUUUUUGCCAUAUCAAAAAUCAUAAUAAAAAUCUGUCAAUAUACAAUUGCUUGGACUAGUUUGUGUCUAUGUCUGGCUGCACUUUAUACCUUAAAUUGACUUCAGGUCACAAUAUGUAAUUACAGUCACACACGUAAGUUGUAAAUUAUAAGUUCAAUGUAAUACUGUAUAUAUUUUCAAGUAAUUUAAAGCUAUAUUCUAAUGAUAACAUUUAAUCUUUUGUAUUAUUUAUAACAAAGUGUGUGUUUUAAUGCUUUUUAACCUAAAUAAACAUCGAUGCAAAAAAAUAAGCUGCAUAGGUUACCAGUUUCUUAAAUCUUGCGUGCAUUUUUCAUUUUUCUUCCAGCAGUCAUCAAAAGCCAGAAUGCAGGGUUGUAAACCUUUCUUAAAUUUUUCAUUUGGUCUCACACUUUGCAGUUUCAAGCAAUACAGUGAUUACAUUUUUAUAUAUAUAGCAGAGAAAAACAAAUGAAUGUUAAUUAUGCUACGUGUGUAUGUUUGUAGCUUUUGACCAUUUGCAACAUUCGUUCCAGUGGUGUUUCCAGUUAGAGACAGAGUGAUAGGUCCAGUUAAAAAUGAAUACAUGAAGCUGAAAUCAUUUGUAUCAAAAGUCAAAAGACUUCAAAGAGAAACAAAGGUUUUCAGUAUCCUGUCAAAAAUAUUUCUAACAUUAUGUAAAAUGUUCACAAACGUACAUGUUCAAGUACAAGAGACAUGAGCUGAGCUCCAGUUCAUCUUGCAUUGACUUAUCAACUUCUAUUCAUACCUUGCUUAUCAACAUGGGAAAGUAGGGAAGUUUUUAAUGAUUAAAAUGAUAGAUAUUUAAGGCUAACUAUUAAACGUAAACAAGAAAGAAGAAGAAGAACACAUGAUGUUUACAAGCUUGCUUCCAAAAGAAUAAUUAGAAACCAAGGUACAGUGGAACCCCCGUUAGCUCAUACUUGCUUGGCUCAAAUUCCUUGUUUGAUCGAAUUGGAUGAAUAGGACUGAUUUCUUUAUUCUGAAGAAUGUGCGGAAUGCCAGGAUUCGGGAGGCGGAUCUUGUACUGGGCAUCAUACAGCAGGCACGGCUGACUAAGGAUGUGGACUUGAUCUCAAUGCGGGACAGAAUGGCUCCCUGGUUUAAACAGCUUCUCAGUGAAUAUGUCGAUAAUGAACAGAUUAGUAAUGUCAAUCUGAAUAACAGCAUGUAUGCUGGAGGAUGCUUGGUAUGUAUCCAGAAGAGAAAUAACUUGUUUCUAGUCUCCGCUGGUGGCCAUGACUUCAAAACCAUUUAUUUACAUCAUGUACUGGACCGUCAGAAGGGAAUACUCCGGUCUAACCUGCUGUCCACUAUUGAGCUGCCCAAGACUAUCUACGGAAUCACCGCCCAGGAAGUCCAGGGCAAAAGUGUGGUAUGUGUAUGGACAGACGCAACAUGUUACAUGUAUAAGGUGAAGAAUGCCGCCCUGAAGGAAGCGAUGAGGGUGGACCUGCCAGAGGACCCAGGGGGACUCUGCAUGUCAGCCUCCAUCAGCCCAUACAUUCUCGAUGAGUGUGUGUUAACCACCAGCCAGGGCCAAUGUUAUUUAUGGACCGGUGACAAGCUGACCAAAUGUGGCCUGCCAAUCCAGCCAAGGUUUGCUGUGAGUGACAGCUGGAGUCACGCCCACUUUGGUGCCCAUCCCAGGGAGCUGCUCUACUGUGACCAGACUGCACUACAGUUACUUGACAUUAGGACACCAGCUAAAGAAGGUGUGGACAUGUUUGCACUGCCCAACAAGAGCUUGCACAUCAACGAGCGCCUGCGAACCUGCUCUCCUCACCAAGCCUCCACCUUCUAUACCGUACUGGCAACAGAUUUCUCCCUCAUGCUGGUGGACCAGAGGUUUCCAAGGCAACCUGUUGUAAAGUGGGAUCACAUGCUACAUUCCCCACCCCAGUACAUCUGUGGCCUGAGCCUUUCCAGCCUUGGGGUGGGGCCUGACAGUCAAAUGAUCUUUGUGGGCAGCCAGUUCCCUGCAGAGGUUCACACAUUUCAAUUCACAGGAAACCAGCCUGUACAGGUAGUGGGCUCGCCACAUAGAGUCGCCAGAUACAGCGACUUGUGCCGAUGGGGAGUGUUUACAGAGCAGUGUCAGGGCCUGCAAUCACUUGAGGAGAGGCUUUGUGCCUCCCUGGCUGGCCUUGCUGUGUGUGACCAGAACGGCAGACAUUCAGUAUUCCAGAUGGACAGUCAUGGUGAAAUAUUUCACCAGGUUUUUACAGAGAUGUCCUCCUUAUUGACCAAUCAAGAUGUGACAUUCUCUGCAGGCCUGGGUUCAGAUGACCUGAACCCGGACCCCAUCGCUACCAAAAUUGCUAGGGAAUGGAUAGCCUCUUGGGAUAGCCUCACUUUGGCUCACACCCAGCAGAACAUGGCCCUUACAGAUGUCCGGGCAGCCAUGCAUGGAAUAGUUUACCUGCGUGAGAGCCAUAAGAACUGUUGCCUGUGUCGACGAGAGCUGUACCACACGCCUGGUAUUCUCGGGGAUGUCUCCACUGGUGACCUGUGUAAUCGCUGCCUUGUCUCCACUGAUCGGGCAUACCACCUCACACAGGCACACAAACAAGAGCAGAUGAUUGGUGAUGAGGUGUUGUGGGAGCCAGUGGGUCUAUACGGGGUGGAAAACCUACCCCAGGGGUCAGCACUCUCCCGCCUUCUCCUCAAGCACUGGGAACGGGACCUUGACAUUGAUGAGGAGCUGAAGCUAUGGGAUUCUGAAGUUAUUGAACUUCGCAAAAAGAAACUAAUCCAGUCUCAGAAUGCUGUUGCAAGAAUGGAUGAAGAGAGUGUGAUCCAGAGACUACUUGGCCUGUCCAUUCCACCUAGUGACCUGGGUCUGAGUGAACCAGUAGGGACUAGGAAAUUUGAAGUUGAUACCAGUUUACUGUUGGGAGAUGACGCAGAUAUGACCUCUGAAGUAUCUGAUGUCGUGCCAUAUAUGGACUCAAGUGGCACACUGCAAGCCUCUAAGAAUGAUCCACAGAAAAAUGCCUUAUCUGGAGCUGCACAAAUGAACCUAUCAGAUAAACCUUUCAUUGCUUCAAAGCUGUAUGAACCACAAAUUGAAAACUUACGAAGAUUAGCAAGUCCAAAAUCAACAAGUGCCAGGAGUAUAGUAUCUAGUAGUACAAUGUGUGACAAUGAUGAAACAAGCUACAAAGUGAGUGGCUGGCUGGGACUAGGAGGGGACCAGGUAGAAAAAACUUCCCAAUCAGUUGACAAACUGGUCCCUGUGAUAAAACCCACACCAUCAAUGGGAAAACUGAACAUUUUAUCAUCAGAGAUGAACGAGUCUGCUUCCUUGUUCUCGAGUGUGCCUUCUGAAUCUUUGAGAAAAAAGAAAUCAAAACGAAAACAUUCGAAACACAAACAGUCUGGGUCGUCCAUUUCUACAGUGGAAAACAAUAGUGUACAGAAUGCUCAUUCCCAAGGUUGUUCAGAGCAAAGUUUAACUGAAAACUCCCAGCUUACCUUCACUCAGGACAUAUUAAAACCAUCGCAAAACUCAUUACCUGAAAUCAACCCAUCGCAGUCACCACAUAAUGUGACUUUCAGUCCGAAUGGUAUAUUUGGGAGCCAGAUGACAACAUUCAGCUUGUCUGGAAACUUCCUGUCUUCCCAGCCAUUGUCAACUCUAGGGUCUGUGACAAUGCCAAGCCCAAGAAAGAAAACGCCAAGAAAGAGAUUACUCAAUGACUUUUUCUGAUAUCACAAAGAAAACCAGAACUUGUUUUUCUACCCUGCUGAAAAUGUUAACAAGGUUUACAAAAGAGACAGAAGGUUUCAAUUGCUGUCAUUUGAUUCAUUGUUUAUGACCAUUGAUGUUUUUCUUAACAAGUAUGCCAUUUAAAAAACAUCACAAAGAGCAAAGGGUAUGUUGACUUUUGAAAGGGUAAAUUUAUUUGUUUAUCAUCAGAAAAGAUUGAGAGUCAUUUUAGUUUGAACAUCUUCAAGGUCAUUGUCACAAAGAGCAGCAUAAAUUCUAUUUUUGAAUCUUUUAAAGGUUUUUUAUACAGUUUCUUGUUUUUCAUAAGAAUUCAUAGGUCUAUCAUAGAGAUGGAUUGUUGACAACUUUGUGCAAAUGGUACCUUAUGAGAUAACCUUAUGAGAUAAUAUGACUAGAAAAGAGGUUAUUACUGAAAAAUAUUAUAUGAAACACACAGAUGAUUGCUAGAAGAAAUUUGUUUCAACACUACGUUAUUAGUUUAGUUAGUUCACUUUUUAUCAUACCUGUGUCUGUUUAACAUGGUAUCAAUCACAUUUAGUUACAGCAGUAUUUACUAUUUUGAAGUAUUCAACAUAUAAUGCACUUAAUUUUCUUUGUGUUAAAUGUUUAAUACACUAAUAACUUUUUAUACACAAGGUAAUAAUAAUUUGUAUUAUUAUAUCCCACCGAAUGGAAGGUUUCUGGAGGAGGUAUUGUGUUGGCGUUGUCAGUCUGAUCUGUCCAUCCAUCAACCUUUCAUCUGUCAAGAUCUUCUUGGUAGGGAUUGGGCAGAUCAAAAACUAGUUCACCAGGUCAAAAAUCUGAAACAUUUCUGGAACGCAAACAAAAUCAUAUUUAAUUAGAAUGUUUCCCUUUGAAGAAUUAUUGAACAAAUUUAAAACUGGAUCACAUGCAAUCAAGAAUUGGUUGACUAGGACUAGUCUUUUUUGUCUGGAACAUCAGUACCAUAUAUUGGUAGGGAAUGGUAAGAUUAUGUUCAAACUUGCUCACAAUGUUAACCUUGUUCAAGUCACAACUGCUUUUAAAAGUUGGUCACAGGGGUUCAGAAACUAGCUCACUAGGUCAAAUCUAUGAAACACCGGAAAUAUAUCUGGUCCAUUAUUUAUAAAGCUUCAUCAUAAUAAAAAAAGAUCAUUAGUUUGAAACUUAAUCACGAGGGGACAAACACUAGGUUACUAGGUCAAAUCUAAAUGCUACACAAUUUACCAUUUCUUUUUUAUUUCAAACAAUUUAAAAAAAAACUCGUAUCUCAUAUCCAAUGUUAAGAAGAGUCCAUCACUCUGCAGCCAUAUUGCAUGUUUUUGUUGAAAUAUUUCAUCAACACUUGUUUCCUUCAAUCUACUUGGCCUAAUCAGAUGGAGGAUAUGAAUUCACCUAAUUUGCUUGUUUUUAUUUGAAAUCUUUAAAGGAAAAAGUUGAUGUGUUGUCAGAAUAGGUGGGAAAAACUUCAGCCUUGGCUAAUAAUAGAGAAUUUUAAAAUAGUUCCAAGAUAUUUUCAUGAAACUUGGUUGCCGGAGACAAUUCGCAAAUGAACAGCAAGGCCCAUUAUAUCUCUGGCAUUAAUAAGUGUUGAUUUAUGCUCUUUUUGCGACUGAAGAAACAACAACAGACGAGCGUUGAUAUUUGCUCCCCUGCACUCUUGUUCUCAUUGGUUAUAUUAGUGAUAUAAAUGCAUGCUUUUUAUUCUUUUAUUUUGAAUGUACUAGUUCAUAAAGAAUUUUUAAUGUUGAAACAGUUAUUUUAUAUACACAGCACUUGUAUUAAUAAUAUGUGAUUGAUUCUAGCAAUAUGUUACGGAUAAAAUGUUAUAAACACUGAAUUUGUAUGGUUUUAGCAUCAGCACUGUAUUGAAAUGUUAUGAAAUAAAUAAAAAUAUAGAAAUGACUAAAG